CCGAGCCUGGAAUGGUGCGGGCGCUCAUUGAGCUCGCGGUUCUAGGGUGGGGACCUGUUGUCCCGGGCGACGGGCGGCCCGAGUGCGCAGGGACGGCCAGACAGGAAGAAAGCAGUCUGGCUCCCGAGACCCACCCCUCCUGCCCCAAGGUGCAGAUGGCGGCCAACGUGGGUGACCAGCGGAGCACAGAUUGGUCCUCUCAGUACAGCAUGGUGUCUGGGGCAGAGACACCCACGCACGAGAACCCCGAGUGGGAGAAGGCACGCCAGGCCCUGGCCAGCAUCAGCAAGGCAGGAGCCGGCGGCAGCUCCAAAGCCAGCAGCACUGGGCCCGUGAGCGGCGCACAGUACGUGUCCCAGGCAGAGGCGUCGGCGCUGCAGCAGCAGCAGUACUACCAGUGGUACCAGCAGUACAGCUACGCCUACCCCUACAGCUACUACUACCCCAUGAACGUGUACCAGAGCUAUGGCUCCCCCUCGCAGUACGGGAUGGGCGGCUCCUAUGGCUCAGCCACACCCCAGCAGCCGUCAGCCCCCCAGCACCAAGGGACAAUGAACCAGCCCCCGGUCCCUGGCCUGGACGAGAGCCUGGGCUACCAGGCGCCCCCGCAGCAGCUGCCUGCUGCCCAGCCCCCUCAGCCCUCGAACCCCUCCCACGGGGCUCAGGCCUUGAGCAGUGGUCCUCAGCCUGGGACAGCACCCGCCACACAGCACAGCCAGGCAGGCCCUGCCGUGGGCCAGGCCUAUGGGCCACACUACACAGAGCCGGCCAAGCCCAAGAAGGGCCAACAGCUGUGGAACCGCAUGAAACCAGCCCCUGGGACCGGAGGGCUCAAGUUCAACAUUCAGAAGAGGCCAUUUGCUGUGACCAACCAGAACUUCGGCUCCAGUGCGGAAGCCCAGCAUAGUGGCUUUGGCCCUCAGCCCAACCCGGAGAAAGCCCAGAACCACAGCGGGCCUGCGCCCCGGGGCGGGCUCUCCGGGAAGCCUGACGACUGGCCCCAGGACAUGAAGGAAUACGUGGAGCGCUGCUUCACGGCCUGCGAGUCCGAGGAGGACAAGGACCGCACCGAGAAGCUGCUCAAGGAGGUGCUGCAGGCCCGGCUGCAGGACGGCUCGGCCUACACCAUCGACUGGAGUCGGGAACCACUGCCGGGGUUGACCCGGGAGCCUGUGGCCGAGAGCCCCAAGAAGAAGCGGUGGGAGGCUCCGAGUAGCCUGCACCCUCCCAGGGGCGCUGGCUCUGCUGCGAGGGGCGGGAGCACCCAGGCCCAGCGGGGGACUCCGGGCGCCGGGGGUGCCGGCCGCGCCCGGGGCAGCAGCUUCGCCAAGUUCGGCAACCGUAACGUCUUCAUGAAGGACAACAGCUCUUCCUCUAGCACGGACUCCCGCUCCCGCUCCUCCUCCAGGUCCCCGACCCGUCACUUCCGCAGAAGUGACUCCCACUCAGACACCGACAGUUCCUACUCGGGGAAUGAGUGUCACCCUGUGGGCCGCAGGAACCCACCCCCCAAAGGCCGUGGUGGGCGAGGCGCCCACAUGGACCGGGGCCGUGGCAGGGCACAGCGUGGGAAGAGGCACGACCUGGCACCCACCAAGCGCAGCCGCAAGAAGAUGGCGGCACUGGAGUGCGAGGACCCAGAGCGCGAGCUGAAGAGGCAGAAGCGCGCGGCCCGCUUCCAGCAUGGGCACUCGCGCCGCCUGCGCCUGGAGCCCCUGGUGCUGCAGAUGGGCAGCCUGGAGGCCAGUGGGGCUGACCCCGACUGGCAGGAGCUGCAGAUCGUAGGCACCUGCCCCGACAUCACCAAGCACUACCUGCGGCUCACCUGUGCCCCGGACCCGUCCACCGUGCGCCCUGUGUCUGUUCUGAAGAAGUCACUGUGUAUGGUCAAGUCCCACUGGAAGGAGAAGCAGGACUACGCGUUUGCCUGUGAGCAGAUGAAGUCCAUUCGGCAGGACCUGACGGUACAAGGCGUCCGCACUGAGUUCACGGUGGAAGUGUACGAGACUCAUGCCCGCAUCGCCCUGGAGAAGGGGGACCAUGAGGAGUUUAACCAGUGUCAGACACAGCUGAAAUCCUUGUAUUCCGAGAACUUGCCGGGCAACGUGGGUGAGUUCACUGCCUACCGGAUCCUCUACUACAUCUUUACCAACAACUCGGGAGACAUCACCACAGAGCUCGCCUACCUCACCCGGGAACUGAAGGCAGACCCUUGUGUGGCCCACGCCUUGGCACUGCGGGCAGCCUGGGCUCUGGGCAACUACCACCGCUUCUUCCGGCUCUACAGCCACGCGCCCUGUAUGUCUGGCUACCUUGUGGACAAGUUUGCAGAUCGGGAGCGCAAGGCUGCCCUCAAGGCAAUGAUCAAAACCUUCCGCCCUGCGCUGCCCGUCUCCUACCUGCAGGCCGAGCUGGCCUUCGAGGGCGAGGCCGCCUGCCGGGCCUUCCUAGAACCCCUGGGCCUGGCCUACACGGGCCCGGACAACUCCAGCGUCGACUGCCGCCUCAGCCUGGCGCAGCUGUCCGCCUUCUGAGCACCCAGCCAGCACGGGGCGGGGGGCGGGCACAGCCCCCCAGCACCGCGUCGCGGAUUUGUUUUUGAGCCAUGGACUUGGGUUGUUGUAUAUUAACUGGGGGAGCCGCUCCAGGACGAGUGGCCCCCCGCCCCGCCUCCGGGGAGUCUGUACAGAGAUUUUUCUACGUUUUUAUUUUUGCCGCAGAGGGGAGGGGUGGCGGGAGGAGGGCGCGGGUGGGUGUGGUCUGCAGGCUGGCCGCUGCCUUCCACCACACUAAUGCUGUCUCAGUGUUUUCUCUCUCUCUUUCUCGAGCUGUACUCCGGCUGUGCCCGACCCGACGCCCGGCUCGUGCCAUGCCGGGGCCGCUGGCAAGAAGACAGGCCGUCCAGUCCAGGCCCGCUCAGCGGGGGCGCCCGCAAACCUGCGCUCCACCCGCCUCGUCGGCCUCAUCACAGACUCUUGUUGCCCAGCCCUGUGGGGCCUCAGUGUUUGGGUUCAGGGGAGCCACGUAAAGACUGUGCUCCAGCCUCGGCCCCCUGGCCCAGAAGUGCCGCCGUCGCCACGUGUCGCCGUCUCCAGCAGCC